CAAGUACUAUACAAGCCCCGCACUGAAUGAACUAUAUUCCUCAACGCCUUUAUCUGUCUCCAUUUCGUAUGGAAUCAUUGGAACAAGCAGAAAAUUUUCCCUCUAAAAUGGAAUUUCUACUAUAACAUGCUGAUGGCAGGUAGUUUGCCAGAAUGCUGCAUUAUUUCACAGACAUUAAGCAUCAUCCUGUUGCCUGAUUGACUUCAAUUUCUUCGCUCUUGUUCCGGGUGAGCUAGCAAACGCAUGUCGCGAAUCAGGACCACACUCGACAGUGUCACCAAGGCAGUAGGCAGCACAGACCUCAUCUCCAAAUUCUCCCGCCUCAAGCCUGGCAGUGCCACAGUCGACAGCGCUCAUGCAGAAAAGGCUCUUGUAAAAGCCGAGAUCUUAACUUCAAACAACACAGCUGCAGCAUCGCCACCCGAAACCACCAUGAAGGAAGAAGAAGAGGGAGAGAGGAGCACAGCGGAGGAAGAGUCAGACAAGCAUCGGCAGCCAGUUACAGAGCACCCCUUUGUUGCCACAAAGAAAUCUAGUUUAGCUUCAGCUGCAAAUGUGUCUGCGUCUUCUUCGACUGUGGCAAAACAAACGAUGCAGCUGUUUCACCCAGCAGCUCUGUCCACCAACAUGGAUGAGACCUACAAAACUCUGGCUCAGCACAUUAAUAGUUACUUUGGCACCAGCACGCAAGAGGGAGAAGGAGACCACAGGCCAUCACAGCAGCAGCAACACAGAGAAAGGGAUGAUCCUGUUUCUGAGCCCACUCUCAGCUCCGUUGCUCAAACAACAAGGGACCACAUUCCUAGUUUGUCUACAGUGGCUGAGGCUAAAAGUACUGAAGCACCUACUACCUCUUCUCCCCCUUCCGGUUCAACUCCAUCAGAAAAGCUGAGUCCUCCGGCAGGGACGCCCUCCUCUGACAUCCCUGCAUCUGAAGGUGCAGUUCAGUCCACCUCUGUGCCUACUACCUCCCCUAAAAAAGGCUUCACCCACUAUCUCUCCUAUCCUCGGCCCAGCGUUCAGGCGUUUGUGGGCAGCUACAUCGCACCCCUGGUCCCCAAAUUCAGAGGUGAUUCCAAAAGCAUCGCAGCUGAAAAAGACAAGUCUGCAGCAGUCACUGUGGCAGAGCCCGCUGUGGACAAGGCAGGAGAGAAGACGGAUAGUGAGGAGGAGAAAGUGGAUAAAGUGAAGCAACAGCUAUUGAUUCAAAGAGAGAAGAUAAUAGCCAGGGUGAGUGUAGACAACAGGACGAGAGCCUUGGUGAAAGGCCUGCAGAAAGUGACUGAUGUCAAGCUCCUCACUAGUCGAGUGGAGGAGCUCAGUUAUCACCUCCUGGAGUUCCCAGAAACGCGAGGUGUUGCUAUCAAGGAGCGUGUGCUGCCCUGUCUGCUGCGAUUGCGUCAGGCCAGAGACCUCCCUCUACAGGCUGCUGUUAGAGAGGCACUCGCUCUGGUUGGCUACGCUGAACCAGUUAAAGGCAGAGGAAUUCGGGUCCUGGCUAUAGAUGGAGGCGGAACAAGGGGACUGCUGGCCCUGCAGACUCUCCAGAAACUGCAGAACCUGACGGGUAAACCAAUCCACCAGCUGUUCGACUACAUCUGUGGAGUCAGCACAGGUGCCAUUUUGGCCUUCAUGCUGGGAAUUUUCCAGAUCCCGUUAGAGGAGUGCGAGGAGAUGUACAGGAAGCUGGGCUCGGAUGUCUUUAAACAGAACGUCAUUGUUGGAACCGUCAAAAUGGGCUGGAGCCAUGGUUUCUACGACAGCGAAAUAUGGGAAAACAUCCUCAAGGAAAGGAUGGGCGAGGGGCAUAUGAUUGAGAGUGCCAGGGACCCACACUGCCCUAAAGUGUCAGCAGUGAGCACCAUCGUGAACAGGGGUUUACCGCUGAAGGCCCAUGUAUUCAGGAACUACAGACUCAUGCCAGGAGUGAGAUCUCACUACCUUGGAGACUGCAACCACAAAAUGUGGCAGGCUAUCAGGGCCUCGUCUGCCGCCCCUGGCUACUUCCAAGAAUACGUCUUGGGAAAAGACCUCCAUCAGGACGGAGGACUUCUCAUUAACAACCCCACAGCGUUGGCCAUCCAUGAAUGUAAGUGUCUGUGGCCUAACACGCCUUUGCAGUGUGUGUUGUCUCUGGGCACUGGACGGUACGAGACGACAGGCAAGAACAACACGACCUACACAAGCCUCAAGACCAAGCUCACCCACGUCAUCAGCAGCGCCACAGAUACCGAGGAGGUGCACACCAUGCUGGACGCGCUCCUGCCCCCAGACACCUACUUCCGCUUCAACCCCUACUUGAGCGAGGACAUCCCGCUGAACGAGAGCCGUGUGGAGAAGCUGAACUACCUCAAGGCCGAGGGGGAGCGCUACCUGGAGCGCAACGAGGCCAAGCUGAGGAACGCGGCCAGUGUGUUGGCUCAGGAGAAGAGCAUCAUCCAGAGACUGGCCGAGUGGGCAAAGCUCAAGGCCGACAUGUACGAGGGUCUCACCUUCAACUCUAAGCUGUAGUUAUUGGCUUGUCAACAGCGUGAGCACAAGUGAGUUUUUAAUGUAAGAAAACUUAAAGUGUAAAAACGCUCAAGGCCCGAGAGACUAGAGGGCAAUCUGGACACAAAUUGAAAGAAAAUUUGAAAUUACUUGCUCAUAUUUUGUGAUCAUCAUGUAACUAACACUAAAAGGACUGUUUGAAAAACCUAUAGCUGUAAUUAUUCAUAAAAAAGAUAAAAGUAUUCUGUAAAUAAUAGCGUGAAAUUACAAAUACGAUGUAAUUUAUUCUUUUUUUGGAACAGAAAGUGUCUCUGAUGGUGAUAGAGUUGGAUCCAUUUCUGGUUUUGUUGGUCCGGUCUGGUGUACAAGCUUGAACUGGUUUGAUUUUAUGCAAACUGCAAAGUUUUGUUUGAAAAGUACACACUUAGAAAGACAGCAAGUACCCGCCCAUCUUGUAAGUGGUUACGUCUCCAGUCUGAUCUCGAGCACACAGGUAAUAGGUCUGUGGUUUGUUUACAUGACGUGACAGAAGUGCAUAUUAAAUUGAUUCAUUGUCGACAGAGAGCCCCGAUGUGAAGCAGUAGUUGGAUGCUAGUUUUCGGCAUUGUGUUCCACUCGAGCGGCUGCUGAGUCAAGUGUGACACAGUGUUUAGCUUAAUAUCAAACCGGUUUAAAUUUUUCACACCAGCCUAACCCUAGAUCGGGUUUUGACAGUUUGAUGAACUAAUUUAAAGGAAUUGUUCGUAGUUCAUAAAUGUAUGAAUUUUAACAUGUCUGAACGUGUUGGUUAACUCUUUGACAUGCUGGUUUUUGUUUUGAAAUGCUAAUGUGGCACUGACACAUUACCAUAUUAUGAAUAAUUAAUGGUAAUAUGAUAUCUGUUGUUAUUUUAUAAAAUACACAAGACGACUGAUGUCCGCUUGCAUUUUAAGUUACUUGAAGACAUUAAGAUGUAAUUAACAUGUGGUUGCACAGGAAAAACAAAAACAUGACUGCCUAUUUCUAACACUGUACAGAAGAAAGACCUCAUGCACUUUGUAAAAUGGAAUUCUUAACCAAGAAAAUGUAAAUAAUACUUGAAGUAAUAAUGAAUUAUUUGAGUGCUCUUGCUAGAAUUUAAGAAUAUGACAACAAAAAAGAUUCUUAAUUUCCUGUAUUGGCACAUCCAGACACUGACAUCUGUUCCAGUACGAAUGAUAACGUGUCAGAUUGCGGUUACUGUUUUCCUCAUGGUACAAAGCAUGUUCUCCAUUGUGGCCCAUUAUUCCAUGAAGUGUUUGCCUUUAACCUUACUCAAGCUUGAAUUCCUCAGCCCUGGUUGUUGCUGUCGCUUUAUAAAUUUAACACAUUUUUUACAUUGUGAAAAUCCUAACAGACCUGAUUCCUUUCCUCCUUAUUGUCUAUAAAAUGUCAUGAAAAAAUAAAACAUUACAAAACCUUGA